AAUAACAUUUUCUCUACUUCAUUAUAUAAAUAUAUCCCAUGGAGUGAGGGAAAUAUGGGGCACCAUCAGUUUGUAAUUGUGGGAAAUUUUAAGUGUCAGAUCAGGGAGCUUGACACAGGCUUAAAAUGAAAGUCUCUUCUAUGUAUUUUGCUUUAUCGAUCUGAACUUCCCUCUAAGCCCUAAUCACUGGGGUUGUGAUUAUUCUUACAAAUUUAGGGGAUGAAAAAGAAACUCCCCUUCUUGACGAGGAGGGUGACACAAAUUUCACAGCCAUCGUUAGUCCACUCCGGCGUCCAAUUGGUUUUUGGAGGCACAAGAGUUUUUCCAUGCUGGGAUUCUCCAUUGAACCACUUCAGUUGUCAUUAAAUCUGGUGUCUGGGCAGCACCACUUUCACCAGUUUGGCCCUUGUCUCAUUGAGCUCUUCUCCAAUACUGUCUUCUUUUUUCUCCUUUAUCUGCUUUUUUUUGUUGUUGUUUUGAUCUCAGACUCUGUGCACAUCUCAAGCUGGAGGUUAAAUCCCCUUCCCCUUUGUUUCAAAUGUCAGUUAAACACUAGGGCAUGUUCAUCCAUGCUGCUCCAGGAUGUCCUCAUUGUUUUCUAAUAAAAUAUGUUCAUUUUCCACGAAAAUCUCCCAACCAGGGUCAGGGGAGGUAUGGUUUCAAUCACAAUCCCUUUGGAGGGAAGAAGUGUCAACUGGCAGUUUUUCAAGUUGGUGAGACCGAUGUUUAUUUAUCUUGGUAAUCACACACAGAUUAAAGCCGAUUUUUUGACCCGCCCCCAAAUUUUGUUGACUGGAUAGCACAUGAAUUUUUAAAGACAAAAGGAGCUAAAGCAACAGAAAUCGAGUGAAUGAGGUUCUCUGGAAUUAGCUUCUAAAAAGAAGCAAAUGACUUAGAGACCUCUACAUACUCCCUUCAGCCCAUGGCAUAAAGGCCAAACUCUAGGAACAGUGUAUGAGGCCCAUUCUGACUUGGUUUUAUUUAUUCUCUAAUUUAAUUUUUACCCUGUCCCUACUACACACCAUAAGUUCUAACUCAGUACUUCUCAAGUGUGGUUUGAAGACCACCUGUGUCACUAUUAAAAAUGCAGAUCCUUGGGUACUAAUUAGACCUAUGAAAUCAGAAUCUUUGGGGCAGGGCCCAGGAAUUUGUAUUUUUAACAAGCACCCCGGAGAUUCUCACACUAAAACUGGAGAGUCAUUCUUAGCUGUCUUGGUCUCCUCAACACAUUUGUAACUUUCCAAAGAAUGAAGCAUAUCAGAGGUUGUGCUAGAAAAUAUCACCACCAUCAUCUAAAGAAGAGUUCCUCCCAAAGGGGAGGAUCUGUUCUUCAUCUAGAAGAAACUGUAAAAGUGUGGGAGGAAAGAUGAAUAUAAUUUCAUUGGCUUAGGGUGGAAGGAGAGUUAAGCCUUAAAAACUCUCGCAUGUGGAAUAACCCAAAUCCUUUCAUGCCUCGUGUUCUUUUCUCAUUUCUCAGAGUAUAUUUGUACCCCAAAUACACGUGAACUCUGGCAGUCUGGAAUGCCAUCUGCCUCCUACCUGUGGACUAAGAGCAUGUUGUAUACUGCAGAGCCCCAUUCUUCCCAGUUAAGACCCAAUGCAAUGUUGCCUCCUGCCCUGAUUUGAAGUCAUAGUGAAUCACUUCACUUGUCACUUUCUCAUGUAUUCUGGAUAAAACUCAACUGUCCCUAACCUGUAAGUACACAUGCAGUCAUGUUAGUGAUAAUACCUGACUUUAUUAUCUUUUUUUAAUGACUUAUUUAUCGUUUUUUUCCCCUGGGAGCUCCAGGGCUGUCUUCCUGUGUUCAAGAAUGAGUCCACACACCCUGGUGCUGCGGCUGUCCAGCCACCAAUUUCUCUCCAUCGCCUCUCUCUCUCCACUUGAACUCAAAGCCGACAGCAAAAUCCCUUCACACAGACCAUCCGAACUCGAAUCAGGUUUGAUGACGACUAGAAGCAUGCUUUCACUGAACUUCCCAACACCAUUUGUUACGCAGAAUGUCUCUGAGUGAGAACGCAGUUUUUGCCUAUGAAUCUUCUGUGCACAGCACCAAUGUCUUGCUCAGCCUCAACGACCAGCGGAAGAAGGACGUGCUGUGUGACGUCACAGUCCUCGUGGAGGGCCAGCGCUUCCGCGCCCACCGGUCUGUGUUGGCGGCAUGCAGCAGUUACCUCCACUCGAGAAUUGUAGGCCAGGCCGAUGCAGAGCUUAACAUUACUCUACCAGAAGAGGUGACAGUUAAAGGAUUUGAACCUUUAAUUCAGUUUGCCUACACUGCCAAACUGAUUUUAAAUAAGGACAAUGUGGAUGAAGUGUGCAAGUGUGUGGAAUUUUUAGGUGUACGUGACAUUGAGGAAUCCUGCUUUCAGUUUCUCAAAUUUAAGUUUUUGGACUCCACUGCUGACCAGCAAGAAUGCUUAAGAAAAAAAUGCAUCCCGUCACACUGUCAAAAAGCAGACCUUAAAUUUUCACUUUUGGACCAGAGGGAUUUAGAAAUUGAUGAAGUGGAGGAAUUUUUGGAAAAUAAAAAUGUCCAGACUCCUCAGUGGAAACUGCACAGGUAUCAAGCAAAUGCAAAAGUAUCAUCACCUCUGCAAGACAGUGCCAGUCAAACCUGUGAAUCCAUGUGCUUAGAAAAGGAUGCUGCUCUGGCUUUGCCAUCUUUAUGCCCCAAAUAUAGAAAAUUCCAAAAAGCUUUUGGAACUGACAGAGUCCGUACUGUGGAAUCCAGUGUCAAAGACGUUCAUGCUGCUUCUGUUCAGCCAAAUGAGACAUCUGAAAAUGAGUGUCUGGGAAGAAUCCAGGACUGUGCAGAUCUGCAGGUGAUUUUAAAAUGUGAAGAAAGUAAAUUAACAACAGAACAUGAAGAAAGCAGGAAGAAAGAUCCUGCUUCUCAUUGCCCAUCAGAAAAAUCAGAAGUGACUCCUUUCCCCCACAAUUCUUCUGCAGACCCUCACGGGCUCUAUUCUCUGUCUCUUUUACACACAUAUGACCAAUAUGGUGACUUGAAUUUUGCUGGAAUGCAAAACACGGCAGUGUUAACAGAAAAGCCUUUGUCAGGUACAGAGGUUCCAGAGGAGAAGACAUUUGGUGAAAGUCAGGAUUUACAUUUGAAAUCUGACUCUGGCCCCAGGGAAGACAGUAGCCUUGCCUCCAGCGAUCGGAGUAGUGUGGAACGAGAAGUGGCAGAACACCUAGCAAAAGGCUUCUGGAGUGACAUUUGCAGCACAGACUCUUCUUGCCAAAUGCAGUUAUCACCUGCUGUGGCCAAAGAUGGUUCAGAACAGAUCUACUCACAGAAACGGUCUGAGUGUCCCUGGUUAGGUAUCAGGAUUAGCGAGAGCCCAGAGCCGGGUCAGAGGACUUUUACAACGUUGAGUUCUGUCAACUGCCCUUUUAUAAGUACUCUGAGUACCGAAGGCUGUUCAAGCAAUUUGGAAAUUGGAAACGAUGAGUAUGUUUCAGAACCCCAGCAGGAACCUUGCCCUUAUGCUUGUGUGAUUAGCUUGGGAGAUGACUCUGAGACUGAUACUGAAGGUGACAGUGAACCCUGUUCAGCCAGAGAACAAGAGUGUGAGGUAAAACUGCCAUUUAAUGCCCAACGAAUAAUUUCACUCUCUCGAAAUGAUUUUCAAUCCUUGUUGAAAAUGCACAAGCUGACUCCAGAACAACUGGAUUGUAUCCACGAUAUUCGAAGAAGAAGUAAAAACAGAAUUGCUGCACAGCGCUGUCGCAAGAGAAAACUUGACUGCAUACAGAAUCUUGAGUCAGAAAUUGAGAAGCUUCAAAAUGAAAAGGAGAGCUUGUUGAAAGAGAGAGAUCACAUUUUGUCAACUCUGGGUGAGACGAAGCAGAACCUCACCGGACUGUGCCAGCAAGUCUGUAAAGAGGCAGCUCUAAGUCAAGAACAGAUCCAGAUACUCGCCAAGUACUCAGCUUCAGAUUGCCCGCUCUCAUUUUUAAUUUCUGAAAAAGAAAAAAGUACUCCUGAUGGUGAACGUGCGUUACCAUCCCUUUUGAGUUUACCUGAGGGGCCCCCAGCAGGGCCGCCCACCUGUCGCGAGCCAAGCUCUUGCCAUCCCAGUGCACAGAGCGGCGGGUCGGCAGGCUGUGCGCCCAGCCAGGAGGCCCGGCCGGCUGUCAGUGCUGCACCUGAGCAAGCUGGGCUCGGGGAACCUGGCCGGCAAGGGGGAGGCAUCUCUGAUUUCUGCCAGCAGAUGACCGAUAAAUGUACUACUGAUGAGUAAACUUGCAUUCUUGUCCUUCACACCAUUCAUUUUCUACUGCAGUUGCGACGUCUUAAAAGCAUAUUAUAGCUUCUGUCUCUUAACGAUACUGUUUUUUGCCCCUGGUAGUUUGCUGUUAAGGGAAUUCCUCUGCAGUCAAUCCUGAUUUUUCCUUGAUUUCCACGAGAUGCAGAAAUUACAUGCCUCCUGGAUCCCGAAAAACCACCUGUGAAAAUGCAGUAAGGCUUUCAAAGCUCAUGUUUUAAGGAAUAAUAACUGUGAGUAGUAACUCUUCCCAGUAUGCAAAAUAAAUGUGAGAAUGCAAGCAGCGUAUCAAACAACAGUGUAAGAGCCUGAAACAUCUGCAGAGUUCCUACUAAAGAAGUAGCCCGCAAAAGUUCCGUCGUCAGACCUUACUGCACUGCACUGGUUUAAACGAAGAUGCCUCCCCAAGUAAUGCUGGUGGGGCUCAGUUCUGCCUUGAAGUCAACGAAGGGAGAAAAACGGGUAGAAUGGCAGUGUGAGAAAGACAGUGUCUUGCCUGAAUCCUGGAGCUUUGCCCUUCUCCCACUAAAACCAAGGAUUGGUUGGCCUGCAGUGCGACUCCUAAGCUCCGCUGGGAGUAGGCAGGAGACAGCCUAUGGUAGAGGUUCCUGCUCCUCUUCAGUGUCGACUUCAGAAGUUCUGGCUGUGUAAACAAUAGAUAAGUGUCGUUUUUCCCUCCUUUCUUUUUUCUCUGCAGUCUCUACCACAUCUGGGUCCAUCGUGAUCUGUUUCCUGACAUUCUUGUCCUUUUGGAAGAAAUAGGACUGGGGAUACAGUGGCUGAAGGGGAGGCAUUGGCAGCCUUGUUGCAGCCUCCCUAGACUCCUGGAGAGCUUACCAAAAUCCAAAGCUGUUGGCCUUCCCACUGCAGGUCACCCAUGCAAGAAAACCAGACGUCUUUCCACCAUGGGGAAAGAAAAUUGCUUAUGUUUAUCAGGAGUGGCAGUUCAUUUUUCAACCUAUUUUUGAAGUCCUGUGGUUUACUUGUAAAAAGCGUUAUUGUAGAUAAAAAUGUAUCUACAAACAACCAUACAGGUUUGUGAAAUAGGAUGAAAUUCAAUCUUGUUCCAUUGUAGGUUUGAAUUUGGAAACCAGAUUUAAUCUUUCUCUCUUCCCCAAAUCUGGUAUAUAAGGGCACACCAAUCAUUUUGACUUGGGCAUUUUGUAAUUGGUCUUUGUGUUCAUUCAGUCCUGUUUUAAAAUAAAGCUUUUAUAAUCUCAGCACCUACCCAUAAUGUUUUGCAGUGGUUCUUAGCCAUUCUGAUGUUACAGGCUUGUUUGAAAGUCAAAUAAACCUAUAGAUUAUGAACCUUCUCAACAAUUUUUUCUAAAAAUUGCAUAUAUUCACAUUGGCAGACACAUUUGCAGAGCCUAGUUUUAAAGGGUACACAGGAAUAAUUUAUCAUGUUGGAUUGGAAAGUACUGAAUUUCACCAAGAUCAGAUACCUGAGAGACUUUUCUUGCUUACAUCCUGAGUCUAGUGAAGGACAUGGGUAGCUAACCUGGGAGACAAGCGUCCAUCCUGCAGGAGUGAGUUUGAAGCAAGUAGACCUUUGCCCUGACAGCAUAUGGGGACCAGACUUAAUAUUUCAGAGUAAUUUUGUCAAAUGUUACCCUUUUCAAUGGGGAGGCGGGUGGUUGGGGGAGAUAUUGCUAGUAUAUUUUCCACGGUUGUGUGCUAUCUCUGUUACUGACUUAGUUGUAAAAGAAAACUAGUUUGGCUUGCUUAUUUUCUAGAGGCGUUUAUAAGUACACUUAAGAACUUGUCAGGGAGAGUAAUUCUAUGAUAAUGCAUCCCAUACUACAAAAGACUUGUGUGUGUAUACCCUAUCUAUAUAAUAUCCCCAUGUAGCUAUUUCUUUGAUACUUGUAAUUUUAAAUUUUAACUUCAAAGUAUAAUAUAAAAACUUUUCUGGUUUACAAAAUGUAAAAUCUUAUACAAACCAAUGGAAUCCUGGAUUUCCUACCUCAGUAUACACUCAGCUGUUUGUCAUAUCAGUUUGUGUAUGUGCAAAUGUCACAUAACCUUUUGAUUUAAUUGCUACUGUAAAUAACUGCUUUGAAAGUUACUUAAUAUUUUAUGAUACAACCUAGUUGUCUCCAGAAUUUAAAUAUGAUUUUUAAGACACUUGGUUUAAGUUUCUCUCUACAUAUAAACAGUUUAGCAUUAAGGGUUUAUUUUAAUGAUAUUCUGAUUAUUGGCCAAGUGUAAUAUUUUGUAAAACAUAGCAUUACUUUUAAUAGCCAGCAUGUAAUACAAGUAACUACACUACCUCAUACCUACAUGAUUUUCAAAUUGUAAUACAGAGGGACAGAGAGAGAAAAGAUUUUAUCUUUGUUUUUCGGCCAUAAGGUGGGGAAGUUUUCUAUAUAUUGCAUAGCAUUACACAAUUAUGCCUGUUUUAACAUUAACUUCUAAAGAAGUUUUUUCUAAGAAGGUUUGUUUUGAUUUUUUUUUUUUUUAAGGCUGCCGAAGAGGACAAAUGACAGGAUUAUGUAUAUACAGUGUAUAUCUUUUCCUUCAUGCAGAAUUUUGGAAAGGUUGUUUUCAGUUUGUAUAUGGCAUAUUUACAUGAUCAUUGUUCCUUAUUUUAUUAAUUGUCCUUCUCAGUGCUUGAUGAUUUUUGAAAGACAGUUAUUUCUAACUCAGUAAAGUAUCAUUACCUUAAAAUUGCUUUCAUUGUUUGAAUUCUACAGCUAUAGCAAAUAAUCUUUUGUUAAAUUGUUACAUCCAGAACAAAUAUGGUUAUAAAUUAAAUCUUGGUUCUCCAUCUGUAAAUUUAAUAACAUAAUUUCCUAUACCUUAAUGCUUAACCAAUUUUAAAUAAGGAGUUAAAUAUAUUUGAUGCAGUAGACGAUACAGGUUGCAUGUGGACACUUAGCCACAUUAACAACUUGGGAAAAAAAAAAUCAAAUGGCAAUGCUAUAACGAAUUCUCAGGUGAACUUUUUUCAGUUUUGGAACAUCUAUUUUGAAUCUGUAAAUAUUUUAAGUGUUUUAUUAGGCAUGUAAUAAACUAUUCCUUGAAAUCUAUUGGGCAGUUUGAAAAUUUAAAGCCAUAAUGGUAAAAGUUGGCAUACUGAUGGUGAAAUAAACAGAAAUAAUAAUAUCUAUUGAUUUUUUGUAUCUUUUAUAUAAUUUUUUAAUGCAAUAAAACCACUAAAAUUAUAUAUCCAUAUCCUGUUAAGAUCAUGACUCAUUAAAAGGCAACUUUCAUGGUAUUUAAUUUACAUUCUUUCUCGUGUGCUUAUCCAAAUGUAGCAAAACCAUUAAUGUUAGAUAUUGGUGAUAAAUUGACAAAUAAAAUUAUCUAAAAU